AUGAACAAGACUGAUAUCAUUGUUUUAGGUGUUUUAGUCGUUUGUGUUCUAUUGUAUACAAAGAGAGAAACUAUCAAAGCUAUCAUCGCUGAUAUAAUCGGUGGUGAUGAUAGUGAUAUUUCUGCAGAUUCCUCAGGAAGUAGAGAUAUAGCUCAAGUUUUAUCACAGAAUAAUAAAAAUUACUUGGUUUUGUUUGCUUCUCAAACUGGUACGGCUGAAGAUUAUGCUAAGAAGUUCGCAAAGGAACUGACUUCAAAAUAUCAGUUGAACGUUAUGUGUGUUGAUGUUGAAAAUUAUGAUUUUGAGACGUUGAACGAUAUCCCUUCAAAAUGCAUGGUUUCUUUAUUCAUUUCGACUUAUGGUGAAGGUGAUUUCCCGGAUGGUGCCGUCAAGUUCGAAGAUUUCUUAUCUGAAGCUGCCGACUCUAACGGUUUGGCAAACAUAUCGAUCUCUACUUUUGGUUUGGGUAACUCUACUUACGAAUUCUUCAAUGGUGCAGGUAAGAAGGCUGUCGAGCACAUGACCAAUGCGGGUGCCACCAUUGUUGGUGACUUGGGCUGUGGUGAUGAUGCCGCUGGUACUACUGAUGAAGAUUACAUGGCCUGGAAAGAACGUAUUUUCGAAGAGUUAAAGGAAAAAUUACAACUAGAUGAACAUGAUGAAUCUUUCGAAUCCUCGUUCAAAUACGAACCUUUGGAAUCCAUCACCGAUGACGUCUCCCUCGGUGAACCAUCCUUCCAAUACCUACCUGCUUCUAAAUUAUCCUUCAACGAUGCCGGUAUCCAAUUAGGUCCAUUCGAUGCUUCUCACCCAUACGUUGCUCCAUUUGUUAAAAGUGUUGAAUUGUUCAAAUCGGACGACCGUAACUGUAUUCACUCUGAAAUUGAUAUCUCUGGCUCUAACAUGAAAUAUACCACCGGUGAUCAUUUGGGUAUUUGGCCAUCUAAUGCUAACGAAAAGGUAGACCAAUUCUUAAAAGUCUUUGGUCUCAAUGGCAAGAAUAUUUUCAACUUAACUCCAAAAGAUGCUACCGUCAAAGUCCCAUUCCCUGUCCCAACAACCAUUGAUUCUGCUGUUAGACAUUACUUAGAAAUUACUGGUCCAAUUGCUAGACAAUUAUUUGCUCAAUUAGUUGAAUUUGCUCCAAAUGAAGAAAUUAAAAAAAAAUUAACUGUUUUAUCGCAAGACAAAGACUUAUUUGCUAAGGAAAUCACUUCAAAGAAGUUUAACCUUGCUGACGCUCUACUAUACUUAUCUAAUGGUGAAUAUAUCUGGACAUCUGUUCCAUGGGAAUUCUUGCUUGAAAACGUUUCACCGUUAUUACCACGUUAUUACUCCAUUUCUUCUUCUUCCUUAUCUGAAAAGCAAACUAUUCAUAUCACCUCGGUUGUUGAAAACUCUCCAAAUGAGCAUGCUGAGAUUGGUAAUACUAUUGGUGUGGCUACUAACUUGAUUAGAAAUAUUCAAUUAGCUCAAAACAAGGUCGAUAUUGCUUCUUCUAACUUACCAGUUACUUAUGACUUAAGCGGUCCGCGUGAUUUAUUCAGUGGCUUCAAAUUACCAAUGCAUGUUAGACGUUCUACUUUUAGAUUACCAACUAAUCCAUCCACUCCAGUUAUUAUGAUCGGUCCAGGUACCGGUGUUGCUCCGUUCCGUGGUUUCAUUAGAGAUCGUGUUCAUAUGGUUGACACUCAAGAAAAUGUCAAAUUCGGAAAGCACAUGCUGUUCUACGGUUCUAGAAAUACUGACGAUUACUUAUAUCAAGAAGAAUGGCCAGAAUAUGCCAAGAAAUUAGAUACUUCUUUCGAAAUGAUCACUUGCCACUCCAGAAUCCCAGGUCAAAAGAAAGUCUACGUCCAAGAUAUGCUUUCUGAACGUGCUGCUGAUAUAUCUACUUUGAUCAACGAUGGUGCUUUCAUUUACGUUUGUGGUGAUGCUGGUAGAAUGGCUAAGGAUGUUAAUAGUGUCAUUACUAACAUCAUUAGUUCCAACAAGGGUAUUUCCACCGAAGAUGCUGCCGAAAUUGUUAAAAUGUUAAAGACUUCUGGCAGAUAUCAAGAAGAUAUUUGGUAA